AUGAUUGUUUCUGAAUAAGAAAAUAUACAAAUUGGAAUUUUAUAUGAUGAGAAAAUUAUUGGUAUAACUGUUAAGAGGUAUGAUAUGAUCAAAUAGUAUUUGUGCAAAUAUUUUUCACUUCCUGAAAAAGAAACAGCUGUAAAAAUUAAUGAAAAGAUAUGUGAUUCUAAUGAAAAUUUUGAUGAUUAUUUAAAAGAUGAUAAACUUUUAGAAAUUCAUUUGUUUAAUAUAAAUAAACUAAUAGAUGAUUAAAAAGAAUUAUAAACUAUCAAAAAUUCAUAAAUAUUUAAUCGCCUUUCUAUAAUAGAAAAUAAAUCUUAAGUAGCUUGUUAAACAAUAGAAUAAUUCAACUAAUUUGAUAAUAUAAAUCAAGUAGAUUAAAAUGAAAGAGUUCAUAAUGAAGUUUGUAGUCAAAUUUCAUAUUAAAAUUAAUUUUCUUCGUAAAUUAUUGAUAAAAUAGUCACAUGCAUUCACUGUUUAUAAUAAAUUGAUAAGGAUAUGAUAUAAACUCCAUGUUAACAUUUUUUUCAUUUUGAAUGUUUAGAUUAAUAUAUUUAAAAUACUUUAUAGUUAUCAUUUACUAUUUUAUAGUGUUUAUGUCGUUGUAAAUUAUCUUUAAAAAUCAUAAAUAUGUUAGGUGAAUAGGAUAAGUGCAAAAAGUAUACAGAAUUAUUUUUAGAGAAUUAAUUGUUUUAAAUUUAGAAAACUUAUUCUUAAAAUAUUGGAAGAUGCAUAGAUAAUUAAGAUUGUAAAUUUUGGUUUUUUCUUUAAACUAAUACCAAUAGCCAAAUACAUAAGAAAAUCUCAUGCUUUUAAUGUUCUAAUUAGAUAGAUAUUAAAUAAACAAUAAACUCUGCUCCAAAUUAAUAGAUCUCUAAAAUAUUUCAAUAAGUUCAAUUAGUAAAAUCAUAUACAUAAUCUAAUCAUAUUGAAGAUAAGAUAUAAGAUUAAGAGUAAGAAAAAGAAGAAGAAAAAGAGUAAGUAUAAAAAAAAUUUGAAUAAUAAGAUAUAUCAAACGAUAUUGAAACAUAAAUAGUAAUAGAGAGUAAUAAAUCUUGCCACAUAAAUUUUUAAAUAACUGACGAUAAAAAAGUUAAGGAAGAGUAACCAAAUAAUAAUCUAUAAAAAUAAAAUGAGUAAGAGAUAAUAUAGGAUUAAGAGGAGAAAAAUUUAGAAUAAUAAAUUUACAAUUAAUGA